ACUGGACCCCUCAAUGUUACAUUGGUUUCUGUACUGAAGUGCACUGAGUUUUUAUAGAUUUUGCUGGAUGAAAUUUUGUUUCCUUUGCUGAUUCCUUGUUGGUCAUGUGCAUAGCAAAAGGCAAGCAUCGAAAAAUUUUGUCUAAAAAAAUUCAUUCGGGUACACUUUAAUGAAGCUCCACCAGUGGUUAUAAUUUGCACGUCCCAUUUAACACGUACAUUCAGUCAGGGCUAUCAUAUGCUAAUGCACAAUCCAAUCUACAGCCGCAUCCACUUCCUACAUGAUUGCUGUGGCACGGUGCUAUCUCUUCCAACACUUGUCCUUUACAGCAAAACAAUAUUUCUACCUCCAUGUUUACAGAGCCCUUGACUCAGCAGAUAACGACCUGUGCCUAUUUACAAUCAACUAUUGGCGGAUGACAUUGAUCGUCACAAAGCAAAACAGAAUGGAAGCCACGUGCAAAAAGGUACAUGUAGAUAUAUUUCCGACAGAAAUCAGGUCUGAAAUAUUUCAGCAGAAUUUAUGAGCGGAACUAAAUAUCAAUAUUCAUUAAUGCUGUUGUUUUUAAUCCGCAUACUCAAAGUAUUUAUACAUGUAGGCCUACAAUCUUUCAUUACGGCAGAGGUGACUCACCUGAGUUGAUUCAGAAUGGUGCAAUAUCUCUCCUGUGCAUGCACAGCAAAUGUUUUAUCAUCGUUAUCCAGCGAAACAUUUCCCAUUUCCGCAUGUUUUUGUCAUCAAAUUGAAAAUGGCAAUGCCGACAUCCGGCAUAAGGGAUAGCACUAUUUUAAAACAGCAGUCACAUCUACAAGUACAUGUAAUCGUCCCGUUGGCUCAAUAGCCGAACAAUAGGCUUGCCCUGAGUUUCUUUGUCGGCGGAGCAAUGCACGUACAGUGUACAUGUACAUGUACAUGCCUGGCGUGGUUAUGAGAGUGCCGUUUACGUAUGUAGCGCCAUUCAUCGUGCGAUGAUCAGCCGCUUCCACACACGUCGAGUUAAGGCCGCUCCCUGUCUGCUGGUGUUUCGCAAGCUCGUGUCGUUUCUUCGAGCACCACGACCGCAUGGUGCAGUCAUAUGGAAGACCGUUACAGAAGAUUUCGUCUCGUUGGACAGUUGGAAGCGUUCGCGCUCUAUCCCGCCUGACCUGUAGGGUUGCUUGUCGUGAAAUCUGUGGCAUAAUGUAGAGGAGGAUUCUAGAGAAACUCUGGAGUACGGGUUUUUGUUCAUUCAUGAGAGUGUGCUCCAGUUUGUUGGCCGUGAAUGAAUGAUCUUGCUAUCGGAGUAACGGUCAUGUGGGAAUUUCUUCGGUAUGUCGUUGAUACGUCAAUGUAGUUGACUACUAGCCCUUCAGUCACAGUACAGGCAGAGGUGCCAUUAUAGACAAAAAUGCGACAGUUCGUUAAGCUACGGAUGUUGACCACGUCCGUCCUCGUCAUUUUUAUUUGGAUGGUGGUCAUGAGGGGUGGCCCUACCGUGUAUCAAGCCAUCAGUUCAGCGCUGGCGCCUACGAGCGAGGACUGGACAGAAUCGCUGAAAAGUGCUGCAUUGUUCGGAAGUGCCAAAUUCGUGCAUACCUUCACAUCUACCCAAGAUGAGAUUCUCUUCAUAUAUCAAAAAUAUAUGCUAACCGAUUGGAUUCAUAGGCCGGAUCUAGUCGAAGCACAUCGGACGGAGGUUUUCCAUGCUUCCAAGUCCACUGCGAUAGACGAGUUCACACUGACCCAGAAGAACACUAAUUCAGCGACCUCCCUUCCUUUCUACUCGCCUUUCCUGCCCGAGGAUUCACGGACUUACUCCCCUCAACUAGACCUGCUGGAGCACCUACCAAAGAAACCAGUUAUCCCAAGUGGAACUUUGUUCAAAACUUGCAGUGUUGUGGGUAACGGAGGGCUUCUAUUGGACAGCGGUUGUGGGAGGGAAAUAGAUAAAGCAGAUUUUAUAUUCAGGUGCAAUAUGGUACCUAUCAAGAGGUUUGCCGCUGACGCCGGGGUAAAGACAAAUUUUACAACUAUGAAUCCCAGUAUAGUUGCUACAAGAUACAACAAAUUUCGCACGGACGAUGACAAAUUAGCCUUCUUGAAAGACCUCGAGGAGUUCAGGGGUCAGCUGUUUUUGCCUUGCCUGUUCGACCGAAAGAUUGUGAACAUUUGCACAUCAGAAAUUUUACCGGUCGUCUCCGAUGGCAUAAAGGGGGACAGGUUAGCAGUGACUGUCGGGAACCCCAAACAUUUACUAGGAAUUAUGAAGCCUUGGAAUCCUGCUGGGAUACACUUCAUGUCAUCAGGUUUUUACCUCGCGCAGACAGCCCUCACUAUGUGCAAGGAGGUGCGCCUUUUCGGCUUCUGGCCCUUCACUAAGACUGUGUACCCUGUCCCCAGAACGCUGAAAAAUCACUUUUUCGACGACAGGAAACAGACCAAGGUCCACAAGUUUAGCGCCGAGUUCCAGAUCUUGUGGCAGCUUCACAAGGAGGGAAUUCUAAAACUCCACACACGUGAUUGCAAUCGGGACUGUUGGAGGCCCGACGACUCUGUCGGGGUUGCCAAGCUUGGGAUGCUUUCGUAUAGAGGAAUAAGUCUGGUUGCUGCUCUGCUAGUCGAGCUAGCCUAUCUGGUCAACGCGAGGCAAACGAGGAGCAGUGAUGUGGUAGAGGCAGAGGCUUUCCUGCAGUAUUACGACAAAUUGGCGGCCCAAACCUGGCCCGGGUUUGUCCAAAAAAUCUGGAAUUACAACUACAACAUGACAGAGUUUACACGACAGGAGAUGGUGGAGGCCCGUCUGCAGUACUCUGAAUUCAGCAAGCAGGGCAGAAUCAACGCGUCCAGGUUUAACACCACCAACUUCCCCGCAAAUAUCACGCGACAGCUCUUGAAGAUCAUCGUCAAUGUUGGAGAGAACGCAUUUCAGAAUAAAGACAAGUUACAAGAGUUGAAGGAUCUCAAAGUUCAGAUGAAAACGAGGUAUUCCAACGCCAAGGCAUGUAACGGACCAAGAAGUACUGCAGGUUCUUGCAUGCCUUUUACACCAGAUGCCGAAAAUUUGAUGGCUUCGAGCAGGGAUUACACGGAGCUUCUGCACCUCUGGAAAAGCUGGCGAGACGCGAACGGGCCGAGCACUCGACCCAACUUUGCCAGAUACGUGGCGCUCAGCAAUUUGGCUGCAAAUGAUAAUGAUCAACCGGACAAGGGAGCAAUGUGGCGGUCUUGGUACGAGGUUGAUAACCUAGAGGAGCAAGUUGACAACAUCUACAAGCAACUCCGCCCUCUUUACGCUAACCUACACGCCUACAUACGCAGGAAACUGUACGACGUCUACGGCCCAGAUUUCAUUAAUCUUCGGGGACCAAUACCGGCACAUUUACUUGGGCAUAUGUGGGCAAGUGAAUGGGCAAACCUCCUCAACAUUGCCAAGCCAUACCCAGAGAAGCAGGCCAUCGACAUUACUUCCAUUCUUGUUGCCAAGGGGUACACUGUUCGUCGCAUGGUUGAGGUUGCCGACGAGUUUUACACUUCAAUGGGCCUUUUCCCGGUACCCGAUGUGUUCUAUAACAAGUCUCGUCUCACUAGACCGAAGGACGGUAGGCCUGUGAUAUGCCAUGGGAUGGCUUGGGAUUUCUAUGAUCAAAAGGAUUUUCGGAUAAGUAUGUGCGCUGAUGUGAACAUGGACGAUUUCUUGACGGUCCACCACGAGUUGGGUCACGUUCAGUACUUCAAUCAGUUCCGCGAACUACCCAUCGUGUUCCGCCUACCACCUUGCCCAGCGUUCGGUGAAGCCAUCGGUGACGUCGUAGCAAUUUCUGCUUUCACCCCACAGCACCUGUAUGCCAUAGGUCUUCUCGACGAGUUGAUCGAAGAUGACGAAGCUGAACUGAAUUUCUUGAUGGGAAUGGCUCUCGAGAAAAUUGCGUUUCUGCCUUUUUCUAUCAUCGUUGAUAAGUGGCGAUGGGCCGUGUUUAAUGGCUCUAUACCAGAUGACCAGUACAAUACAAUAUGGUGGCAAUUAAGAAAACAGUAUCAGGGCAUCACGCCACCUUUACGCAGAGACGAAACCGAUCUCGACCCUGCAUCGAUCUACCAUGUCAGUGCCGAUGUCAGCUACACAAGAUACUUUCUGGCUUAUAUUGUACAGUUCCAGCUGUACCAAUCGUUAUGCAGACUCUCUGGGCACGUUGGCCCCCUCCACAAAUGCGACAUUUACAACUCGACACAAGCCGGUGACGUUUUGAGUGCUGUGAUGAGGCUUGGUAUCAGCAAGCCGUGGCACGAAGCCAUGAACGUAGCCACAGGUCAAAGACAGUUCGAUGGAGCAGCUCUCGUGGAGUAUUUCCAGCCCCUAACAGAGUGGCUGGUGCAACAGAACCAACGCAGUGGAGACCAACCUGGUUGGCCAGAUCGUGACUGGAUGCCCCGUCUUCCACCAGGCUGGAGUUCGGGUGUUUCGACCGUUCACGAUCUAUCCAUGUCAAUGUUGCUAUGCGCCAGCAUAACUGCCACAAUAAUUUUAUGCAAAUCAAUUUAACGGAUCCGGAUCAAAGCGAUCAACUGAAGAAACAAAUCGGGAAACUGAGUCAAAAAAGCGGCAGUAAAUUCUCGAAAUAAACAUACACAGUUGUUCACACGUUUUCCACGAAAGAAUGGUAAAGGUUUACCGGCGAGAAAAACUUGAGGGCAAAUGGGCAAAAAGGUUUGAGUU